UGGGGGACGCUGUGGGGCACUGGCUGGAGAGGCAAGGGCUGCAAUGAAUAGUCUGGGCCGACUCUUCGGGAGGGGAAAGAAGGAGAAGGGGCCAACCCCUGAAGAGGCAAUUCAGAAAUUGAAGGAGACAGAGGAAAUACUGGUCAAGAAACAGGAGUUUCUGGAGCAGAAGAUUCAACAGGAGCUACAAACAGCUAAGAAGCAUGGGACCAAAAAUAAGAGAGCUGCCCUACAGGCUUUACGGAGGAAGAAAAGAUUGGAGCAGCAACUGGCACAAACCGAUGGGACAUUAUCCACCCUGGAGUUUCAGCGUGAGGCCAUUGAGAAUGCCACCACCAAUACGGAAGUGCUUCGUACCAUGGAGCUUGCUGCCAAAGGCAUGAAGAAGGCCUACCAGGACAUGGACAUUGACAAGGUGGAUGAACUGAUGGCUGACAUCACAGAACAACAGGAGGUGGCCCAGCAGAUCUCGGAUGCCAUUUGUAGGCCCAUAGGCUUUGGAGAUGAUGUGGAUGAGGAUGAACUACUGGAGGAACUAGAAGAGCUGGAGCAGGAGGAAUUGGACCAGAAAUUGUUAAAUGUGCACAACGAGGAGCAAGAACCCCCAGUCAAACUGCCCAGUGUACCCUCUACACGUCUGCCUGCAGGGCCAGUUGCCAAAGCGGAUGAAGAUGAAGACGAAUUAAAGCAGUUGGCUGAGUGGGUAUCCUGACAAGUCUGGCCUUGUCUUUCUAAUGCUGCCUUCAUUGCUCUCUUUUCCUUAAGUGCCAAGUGAGCUAAAGGAACUGAGCAUAAAGGAACAUAGCCUUUUUGGGGAUGUCCUGCUAAAGGUGAUAGUGUGACCCUGCCUGACAGAAGAAUCUGUUGCUUUCCCAUCCCUGGCUUAACUCUUGGUGCCGGAGGAGCCCCUGGCUCCCUUCUCUUUGAUAGCUGUUACAGUGCCCUGUUCCCAAUAAAGUUGGACAGAUGGAA